AUGGAUUUGUUGGACCUACCGCCUGAAAUAUUUCAGAAGAUCAUCGCAAGUUAUGUUCACACCGUCGGGAUCUGCAAGGCUUGGGAGCGCCGCAAGGUCUGCAAAACAUUCGCUGCCUUCAUCUCCGCAGAGUGCUUUGGCAGGCAGCCUAUGAACAAAUACGUGCAUCCACCAGCAAAGAAACUGUUCUUGCAACACCUCGGUCUAUAUCUUGGGUACCGAAUUGAAGCCGCAAAUGGAGCACCAACACUAUUGCCUACUCUUAUUCGCAAAGUGAUUGACCAGUUCAUGACCGUCACCAAUCAAACAUCGGAUGUCGUCCGUGCCUCCUACACGCAAAAAGUCUGCGACACCAUCAAGUACUGCAGCCCUACCGCCUACACCCUUGCGACAGCACCCACCGUCUUGACAUGCAACAACGUCGCCAGCGACUCACUCGACACAUGUUGCUUAGUCAUUGCGACAGCGAUAAAAGACAACCAACUUGUCGAUUAUUACCUCUCUCAUGGUGUCUCUGUGUGGAGCACGACGCGCGCCUUCUACCCGCCCAUUACCGUUGCUGCGGUGAUUCAAUCUGUCGAGUUGGUAUCUCAGUUCCUGGAGCAAGCAGAGAGCGGUCUUGCGAAAACAAAGAAAGCCAAGGCGAAGGGGAUACUGGCCAAGUGCAUGGCCAUCGUUACUACUGGAACAAAAGGCUGGGAAGUGGCCAUCGUGCUGACAGACUGGUGGUAUCAGCAUCUUCCUAAACCAGAACCAGGAAGAAUCCUUCAAUGGAUCUAUCGAGCUGUGGAAUCUUGUGCGGCCGAAUUUCUUCAUCAUAUCCUCGACCACGGUAUCACCCUGACAAUGAAAGCCGACCUAGUACGACGCGUCUAUCAAACACAUUUUAGGGCCGAAGCCCAGGACCUUCUCGCUGGGGCUUUGAUUGAUCGAGGUAUUCUGGACGUGUCGAAAUUUCAUCAUGACGCGAGAGAUUUCUCCGGCUCUCUUUUGGCCCUAGCUGUUAAGGAGUCCAACAUCCCACUUGCUAGAAGAUACUUGGACUCUAGUCUGGGCCGCAACGGCUUGCGAAAUCGAAAGGGCGAAUACGAAUUUCCGCUGAUCCGUGCCGUGGAAAAGGCCGACGAUGAUAUGGUCAAGCUUCUACUGGAAUAUGGCACCGAUCCAUCCCCAGCGCUAUGUUGGAUUCGCUUAGGAGCUAUCAUACUUGAUCGGGAGACCGAGCAAAGGUUCAAGGCAUUGCUAAGCGCCGCGACAUAUGACGCAAGAAAGGAAUGGCGUCGCGAUCGCUAG